ACGGGAUAACAUGUGUGAUAUGGGGAGCCUUUCAUAACCACGUUUCCAUUCUAGUUAUGCAUGCGGCGAUUAAAUUUGUUUCUGUGUCAGUGAUCGGGGCUUCAGCGAUGAUAGCAUACUGGCUCAGUUUCGGCGAUGAAGGCACUGGGACGCAGGAAUGUCGGCACACCGUGGAAAUUCUAGGAAUUUCAGCUUUAUCAACAUUUGUGUGGGAAUCAAUAUUCGACGGAAAUCUCACACGCGUUGAUGAUACAUGGCUUCGCGGAGAAAUGAUGAUGCCGCCUUGGAAGCUUGUUUUCAAGACUGGACCUGCUAUUAGUAAUGGAAUGGUCUCUGUGGAACAAAGCUGUGUCAUCUUGAUUUUGAAUGGUCGCACUCGUCCCAAAGCCGAAGAUGCCCUACGAUGGAUUAGUCGGAUAUCAGAAUUGAAACUUGAGUACAUUGCUGUUAUUCUACUGGGUUCCGAGGAUUGCGACAAUGAGUGGUUAACAAGACGACUCCGGAUAAAUGGAGGGAUGUUGGAUGAUAUUUUUGUCAUUUACGAUAGUCUCGAAAUCGACGACGAACAUGUUUUCCGUUGGCCCCUUGGCACGGCAACUUAUCGAGGAUUCCCACGGACAUGUAUCGCUCGUGAAGAUUUGUACUCUCCUCGGAAAUAUAUGUUCAAUUUUGUUGGGACAAUGGAUGCCAGGGGUAUGCGUCCCAAAUUACAAGAUGUCUUGACAAGCUUACCACGGCAGCUUGCGUCAUUUGGCCUCGUCAAAUUCCGAAAUUUGUGGACAGAAGACGAAUCCGAAAUUUCUAUGCAGCGAUAUUUAAUCGCUUUGGCGAAUUCCGAUUUAACCUUGUCACCGGGUGGCUUCAAUCCAGAAACUUACCGGGUGUACGAAGCGCUGAGCUGUGGGAGUAUACCAGUGAUUGUGAGCGAAUCUAGUGCUGGGAAGUGCAAGCCAGACAACGAUGUGGAUUGGCAUGGCCGCCUACCUGUUAUCCGAAUUGAAUCUUGGGAUGAACUUCCAACUCUCCUCUAUGAAGAAAUGAGUUUGACUCCUGUCGAGAGGAUCACCCGGCGGCUAGAUGCCGUUGAAGCUUAUCACUCGUUUCUUGGUGCAUUUCGGCUUCUGAUCUACAAUGCUCUACCUCACCGUUAGAACAACGUUCCAAGAAUUUUUUAAUCUCUUCAAUUGGAAUCACGUG